UUUUUUUUUUAUUUUGUCUCCUUUUCUUUGCUAUUUCCUUACCACUUGUAUUCAAUUGUCGAGCUCGCAAUGUCAUAUUCAGACGAAACCCAAAGUCAACUUAACGAUGCUGCCACCACAAGGAGCUCAUUACAUUUGGACUCCCUAGAAAUCGCUUCAAGUCAAACAUCGGCAACAACAACAACUGCAACAACAGCAACGUUGACCGGUUUGCGUACAGGUCAUGAAAGAAGUACCGUUUGGAAGUAUUUCACGAAGGUCAAUUGGAACGACACGCUGAAAACUGCUAUGUGCAAUAUCUGUCCAUUACCUCCACAAGCACCGCCAAUGCAACCAAAAGAAAAGAUCAAUGGCUAUUUCAAUUGCUCGAAGGGAAGUACGUAUCUACUACUCAAUCAUCUGCAAUCUACCCAUCCUGAUGUCUGGAAAGAAAAGUUCGAAAAAAAGGAUCAGCAGACCGUCAUAUCGUUUAUGAAAAAAGAAGUUCAGCAGCAAAGAAUUCAACAACUUACUAGUGAAAUGGAUUAUCGGCAGCAAUCAGCCUUUUAGCGAAGUUGAACAAGGGGACUUUGUGAAUAUGUUGACCUACCUCAAACCUGAUCUUCAAGUACCUCACCGACGACAAAUUGCAAACAUGGUUGAAGAUACAGUAUAUACGAAAGCGAAUUAGAAAAAAUCAAGUCUUAUAUAAAGGUAU